UCCUCCUCCUCCUGGGCUGCACAGUCUCCACCUCAGACGUAAGCAUGAAAUAGCGACUGCAAUGGAAGAAGUACCUGAACAUCCUCUGGUGGCGUCGAAAGUUGGAUGUGUGGCACAUGGAAUGCUCUGGUGUUUUGUGCCUCGCUUGUAAAUAUUGUGCAGCAAGCCCGCCUCACCAUAAACGCUGUGCCAGACUCCACCUGCACGACGUGAGCCACCUUUUUCCAUUGAUGCUACUUGUGAGGUGUUCAUCAUGGGAUGCGGCGCCUCGAUUGCCAUAGAGACGAGGGUAACAGAUGAAGCAAAGACACCCAAUCCAGCACUAACUAUGAAGGCAGCUGUGCUGAUCCAGCGCUGGUACCGCCGCUACAUGGCCCGCCUGGAGAUGAGGCGAAGGUACACAUGGAACAUCUUCCAAUCCAUCGAAUAUGCCGGUGAACAAGAUCAGCUCCAGCUGUCCGGUUUCUUCAGCUUCAUGCUCGACAACUUCACACCGCUGAAUGGGAACGGGCCAGAUCUGAUUUCCCAGCUUCUGGAGCCCGUGAUUGACCCCUGGUUGGACCGAGAGGCCUGCUACGAUUCCAUCCACGUUCCAGAGUCAUACGUCGGACCGCGGCUGUCGUUUCCCCUCUCCGUGUCGGACACAAACGCUCUUCUCAGUGCCUUUAAGGAGCAGCAGACUCUCCACGCCAGAUAUGUGCUGCAGCUACUGUAUGAGACCAAGAAGCUCCUCAAACAGAUGCCCAACAUCAUCCACCUUUCCACAUCUUACACCAAAGAGAUCACAAUAUGUGGUGAUCUUCAUGGGCGACUUGAUGACUUGCUUCUUAUUUUUUAUAAGAAUGGCCUCCCCUCUGCUGAGACGCCAUAUGUGUUUAACGGAGACUUUGUGGACCGGGGGAAAAAGUCCAUCGAGGUGGUCAUCCUCCUAUUUGCUUACCUUUUACUUUACCCCGACUACAUGCAUCUGAACCGAGGAAACCACGAGGACCACAUCAUGAACCUCAGAUAUGGGUUCACGAAAGAGGUCAUGCAGAAGUACAAGGCUAAUGGUUGUGAGAUCCUGCAGCUUUUUCAGGACGUCUUCAGUUUUCUGCCCGUUGCCACAGUGAUAGACGGGAAGGUCCUAAUUGUUCAUGGGGGCAUAUCAGACCAGACUGACCUUGACUUCCUCAGUGUCAUUGACCGACACAAGGUUAAAUCUGCGCUGAGGCUUCCCAGACGCAGUUUGGAGCAGCUGGAUAAGGGGCAGUCAAAGAAACAGAUGAAAAGAAUGAGAUCUACAGACACUUCUCGCAGUCACCCUAAAAUCCAAAGAACCCCAAACAUGAGAAGGAGGUGCUCCAGACUGAGCCAGCAAGACAGCUUUGCUUCCAUGUCUUCCUCCUCUUCCUCAUCCUCUUCAUCAUCUUCUUCACUCUGCUCACCACACCCACCAUUGUGCUUUUCACCUCAUCCGUGCCCGUCGUCUCCCAAUAUGCCACACAACAUAAACAUCCUCCAAGUGCCUUUCCUGGAUUCUGCAACCUCCAUUCCGCCUCCUUUGCCUCCACAAAAUGAGCAGGAAUGGAAACAGAUUGUGGAUAUACUGUGGAGUGACCCCAAAACCCAAGAAGGCUGCAGCCCAAACACAUUCAGAGGUGGCGGAUGCUACUUCGGUCCUGACGUCACACAGAGACUGCUGCUCCAACAUGGCCUGCAGCUGAUCAUCAGAUCCCACGAGUGUAAACAGGAAGGUUAUGAGCUGUGUCACAGCGGCCAGGUGAUCACCAUUUUCUCUGCUUCCAACUAUUAUGAGGAGGGAAGCAACCGAGGGGCCUAUAUCAAACUGGGGAGAGAUCUGGUUCCACGCUUCUACCAGUACCAAGUCAGCCGCUCAACACGCAAACUCACGUUGACUCAAAGAGUGCGAGCUGCUGAGGGUUCAGCUCUCAGGGCCCUAAAAGAAAAAGUGUUUGCACAUCGUUCCGACCUCAUUGCAGGCUUCCAGAAAUGCGACCAGAAUAAUACCGGUAGGGUGACAGUCAGCGAAUGGGCUCAGGUGUUGGGUUCUGUGCUGAAGCUGGACCUGCCUUGGAGGACCCUUUGUCCUCAUUUAGCUCACCUGGCACCAGACGGCAGUGUGGACUAUCAAUCCUGCUUUGAGGAUAUGGGGGCAAGGAUUCAGCUGCCUCAGGUCACACCUAACCUGGCAGAAACUUUGUUUCGAUACAGGACAGACAUUGAGAUCAUAUUCAACAUCAUAGACAAAGACCAUUCAGGUCUUAUUUCUAUCGAAGAGUUCCGUCACACGUGGCGUCUCUUCAGCGCUCACUUGGGGGUGGACAUCACCAACGGAGCCAUUGAUGACCUGGCUCGAAGCAUCGACUUCAACAAGGACGGCAGUAUAGACUUCACAGAGUUCCUGGAGGCCUUUAGAGUUGUGCAUAAGCUCGACAACAAAGAUCAGCCACUCAAGACAAGUGGAGAGUAGGCGCCAGAACU